GGGGCCUGGCAGCACAAUGGGAGGCCCGUAAUCUGCCAGCACCCUAUGACAAAAUGGAACCCACCAGCAGUGUGAGGAGACCUGAAAGUGGCACAUGGCAGAGUGUGGCGAUGGAGACAGCAGCAAUGGGAGGCCGUACAGGGACCCAUGACACACUCUGGACCUGGCAGCAGCAUGAGGAGACGGUACAGGGGCCCAUGACAGAUUACGGGCCUGGCAGCAGCAUGAGGAGUCGAGUGUGGCGAUGGAGACAGCAGCAAUGGGAGGCCGUACAGGGACCCAUGACACACUCUGGACCUGGCAGCAGCAUG